CUCAGCGGACGGUCAGCUCCUGUGGCUGUUCCUGAGGCUGCCCCAGGUGUCCUGGCUGGGGGACUGAGCCCACCGCAGACAGAGCCUCCUGCCCACCUCCCUCCCACCACACCUGGCUGCACCAGGUAGGGCCCGGCCAGUGCAAGAGGAGCCAGAAAUGAACCUCAAGCAGAGGUUUGGAGUCCAAAAUUGCAGACCAGAAGGGACACAGCGGAACGAAAGGACCCAGCCCGCUAAGGAAGGAGACCCCGCCCUGCCACCAGCCUGCUCCCUUGAUGUCAUGGCACCCCCAGUACCGGAGCUCCAAGUUCCGCCACGUCUUUGGCAAACCAGCCAGCAAAGAGAACUGCUACGACUCGGUGCCCAUCACCCGCAGCGUUCACGACAACCACUUCUGUGCUGUGAACCCCCACUUCAUCGCAGUUGUCACUGAGUGUGCUGGCGGGGGGGCCUUCCUCGUCAUCCCCCUACACCAGACAGGAAAGUUGGACCCCCACUACCCGAAGGUCUGUGGGCACCGCGGCAACGUCUUAGACAUCAAGUGGAACCCUUUUGAUGACUUUGAGAUCGCCUCCUGCUCAGAAGACACCACGAUUAAGAUCUGGGACAUCCCCAAGCAGCUGCUGACAAGGAACUUCACAACCUACAAGAAGGAGCUGGUGGGCCACUCGCGCAGGGUGGGCCUGGUGGAGUGGCACCCCACGGCCGCCAACAUCCUCUUCAGCUCUGGCUACGACUACAAGGUGAUGGUCUGGAACCUGGAUACCAAGGAGUCUGUCAUCGUAAACCCUGUGAGGACAAUUACCUGUCACCAAGAUGUGAUCCUCUCCAUGUCCUUCAACACCAACGGCAGCCUGCUGGCUACUGCCUGUAAAGACCGCAAGAUUCGGAUUCUUGACCCCCGUCUAGGAACUAUCCUCCAGGAAGCCAGCUACAAGGGGCACCGGGCCAACAAGGUGCUGUUCCUGGGGAACAUGAAGAAGCUGCUGUCCACGGGCACAUCUCGGUGGAACAACCGGCAGAUGGCCCUGUGGGACCAGGACAACCUCUCUGUGCCUCUCACAGAGGAGGACCUGGACGGCUCCUCAGGUGUGCUGUUUCCCUUCUACGACGUGGACACCAACAUGCUCUACAUAGUGGGGAAGGGAGACGGCAACAUCCGCUACUAUGAGGUGAGCGCCGAGAAGCCCCACCUGAACUACCUGACGGAGUACCGCUCCUACAACCCGCAGAAGGGCAUUGGUACCAUGCCAAAGAGAGGUCUCGAAGUGUCCUCCUGCGAGAUCUUCCGCUUCUACAAGCUGAUCACAACCAAAAGCCUCAUUGAGCCCAUAUCCAUGAUUGUACCCAGGCGGUCGGAAUCCUACCAGGAGGACAUCUACCCGCCCACAGCAGGGGCCCAGCCCUCCCUGACUGCCCGGGAGUGGCUCAGCGGGAUGAACAGAGAGCCAAUCCUGGUGUCCCUGAGGCCCGGCUCCCAGCCGCUGAGCCCCCGACCACUGCCUCCAGAGAAGCCCCUCUCCACCCCCACGGCCCGGACCUCACCCCAGCUCUUGGACCACACUGCAAAGCUGUCUGCAGAGGACGGCCAGAGGCCCGUCUCCCAGCCGGAGGGGAAGGCGCCAAGGUGGGCUGUGGAACACAGGCCCGAGGAGAAGAAGUCCUGGCUCACAAAUGGCUUUGAUAUUUUCGAAUGUCCCCCACCAAAGACAGAGAACGAGCUGCUGCAGAUGUUCUAUCGGCAACAGGAGGAGAUCCGAAGGCUCCGCGAGCUGGUGACCCAGCGGGAAGUCCAAGCCAAGCAGCUGGAACUAGAGAUCAAAAACUUGCGCAUGAGCUCAGCGUAGUUCUGAGCAGAGGCCUCUGCCAUCCUGGCCCUCAGGGACGCCACUUGGCUCUGUGGGGAGGUCCAGAACCAAACCACAAGUCCCCCAAGAACAACCACUAUUUCUAUAUUUUUUACCAGAAAACAAAACUCUCAGUCACUGAAGGAGAUUCCAGUA